AUGAGGCCGUCGUGUAUGAAUUCCGUUUAUUUCCGUAACAACUGUAAAUCCCCACCACCUGAAGACGGUCCCCUGGUUUGGCCACAUCAACGAGGUCUUGUUCGACCACAACUUCAACCGACCGGGGGAGUUGUCCCACGGGGGUCUUCUCGGGUAUUUCCUGCACUUGGAAGGUUUGUGUGUCACGGAAAACGGACAGUCCGUAUUCCGUUUCCAGGAGAUUCCCAUCAUCGUCCUUCCUCAGGAAAAGUUUUUUCUAUUUUUGGUGGCUAUGACAUUAUAAGAAGGUCACUUGUGUCUCGUGGAUGGCUUGAGAAGGCCGUCGGACCCUCAAAACUUCCUAAACAAAAAGACGAAAACUCCCUUUCUGAUGAGGACGACGAGGGAAAUGGUUGCUUGGCAAAUUUUAGUUCAUUAUUUUCCCGGAUUCUUCGAAACACAAUUUCAAACCUCAUUUGGACUCUCCGCUCAAAUGCCGUGGAUUAUCGACUUGUUGAGAAACACCAAAUUAUUAACCAUUUUCGAGGAUCCUGGUCUUUAACUACAAAAGUAGUUCAAUUCGGAUUGUUAUUAAAAGAUGUCUUCCUGCCAAUGGAAAAAGCAGAAUACUGUGCACAACUUUUAAAACAAGUUUUUGAGUUAUGUCCACAAGAAAGAAUCGACGGAACUCGAAAUAUUUGGAUUGUGAAGCCCGCGGCGAGGUCUCGUGGGAUCUUCAUUUGUGAUAAACUGUCAGACAUAAUGCGUGUUUCUGACACGACAUACAGCAAGCAAAAAGCACGUUUUGUAGUACAAAAAUACAUCGAACGACCUCUUUUAAUUCACCGCACAAAAUUCGACAUUCGUCAAUGGUUUUUGGUCACUGAUUGGAACCCUCUGACUAUUUGGAUAUACAAGCACAGUUACCUCAGAUUUUGUUCUCAGAGAUUCUCUUUGCACGACUUUCACGCGUUUUCAUGUGUGUCUGACAGGUCAAUACACCUCAACAACAACGCCAUCCAAAGGAACUAUUCAAACGACCGAGGAAGGUCCGACCUCCUCCCCGAGGAGAACAUGUGGACGAGUGGUCGGUUCCAGCAAUAUUUGGAGUAUCAUUGGAGGGACCACAUUUAUCCGAACAUGAAAAAGUACAUUCUCUGUGCUGUUCUCUGUGCACAAGAGUCCGUCGAUCAACGAAAGGUUUCAAUGUGUCUUCGAUAAAUAAAUUCCUUCGAGCUUUAUGGAGCAGAUUUUAUAAUCGACGAACAGCUUAAUCCUUGGCUGAUUGAGAUCAAUUCAAGUCCCAGCAUGGACUCGAGCACGUCCGUGACUCAAUCAAUGUGUUCUGCGGUCCUCGACGACACCAUUAAAGGUUUUCAAUCAUAUUUGGAGAAUUUAGUCAUUUGCGAUCGAAAGGCUAAUAGAACAGCCAGUGUCGGGGACUUUGAGAUACUUUAUAAGGGAAUGUGCGUUCCAACCCCUCAAUACAUUGGAUCGAACUUGGUCGUUGAUGGGGUCCCUCUCAGAAUCCCUAAACCGGUGAAGCGGAUCUCUCCAUUAAAGAUCGAGUCACCAAAUAAACAAAAUGACAAUUCAGAAAAACAUAAUGAAAAUUGCAACAAGGCAAACAAAAAUGUGGAAAAAUUGAUUUCUCUUAACCAGGGUUCAUCGGGGAUCAAAAAUGGUGGCGGGAACAAUCAACCAUUCUCCAUUUCGACCUCUCGCAGUAGGAUAACUCCCAGAGUUUCUACUUUUAGAACUUUUUGA